GUCUAAUAGCUCUAGAAGGAGAAUCAAUUGGGUUUACGGCUAAUUUAUCUGUAAUACUAAAUACUCGUAUAAUUUAAACAUACCUUUGUAAUUUUAUCCACGUUGAAUUUAAAUUGGAAUACUGAUAGCAUCGCCAGCAGCGCCUACAGUCUGUAAUGCGUUGGUCCCAUAGACGUAUACGAGCAGCACCAGUUUUACCGAAAGAUAUCUCUCUGAAUCUUGUAUUUUCAAACUAUAUUCCUACAACUCACAGACUCAUAGUGAUCCAGUAUCUCGCAGAUAAGCUCACUCACAAAGCCAGCUCUCUACAAUUCCGUCCCUCACAUGGCCUCUAUUCUCAUUUUCGGUUCCCGUUAUACGCAGGACACCUGGCCUUACCAGUACAAAUCAACGUUCUCAUUUUUCAACCUUCCAUCGGCCUACUUAUUUAUCGCCCCAAAUGACCUCCGAGACGACGGAAAAAGUUGCGGAAAAGUUGCCCUACGGGUACAGCCUCGGAAUCCAACGGCCGUACUACCAGGCGGUCGCAUCGGCUGCGACGUACACACGCCGGACCGCAUUAUCAACCACCGACGCCAUCUUUCUCCUCAUGAUCGCGCUCUUUGCGACACUCACAUCGCUCGUCAACAUCGAAAAGCCACGAACUCCGCUUUUCCAGGAGCCUGCAAUUGUGGAGACGAUAUCCAACUACUACAAUGGGACGUUUUUCGUGCCAGCGCACCCUCCGCUUGUCGACUUGGUGUACUACAUGCUUGCACGGUUUUCGCAGUACCAGGGCGGCUUCCCUGGGUUCUCCAACGAUCUUGCGUACGUAUUUCUCCGUGCGUUUGGCGUAAUCUGCCGCGUUUUCACCAUUAUCUUGUCGUUCUUCGUGAUGAAGAAUGCCGGCUGCCGCGGAACCACCGCGAUGUUCGGUACCUCGCUCGUGCUUUUUGAGAACUCGAUGCUUACCUACGCCAAGUACAUGAACACCGAAACACCGUAUGUGUUGUUAUGUCUCAUUGCAGUGUUUGGCUUCCAGAGAGGGGUCCUUAUGGCCCCCCAGCCCGCAUCUUUCACUGCUGCACUCUACAUGACUCUCAGCGGACUCUCCGUUGGCUGCGCCAUAUCCCUGCACUGGGCCGGGGUUUCCACCUGGGCCUUCCUUCUCAUUUUAUCGGCAAUUCGCAUGUGGUAUGUCGCCGGGGACAUCAGAGUUUCCUCCUCCACCGUGUUCAGGAUUGCUGUUACCAAGGCCGCAACCUUGCUUGUGUUGCCGCUCACAAUCUACUUUGCCGUCUUUUCCGUACACUUGAGUUUGACAUCCAAGGCUUCGCCAAUGCUCUCGUACAUGUCACCGCAUUUCAAAGCUGGAAUCUCCGACUCUUCUGUUCAUGGGACCACAGCUCCGCUCUGUUUCGGUGGUGCGGUCACCAUAAGACACUUGGCAACCGGUGCCUACCUCCAUUCGAGCAACCAUACCUUACCAAACAGCCCGGAUAGCAAGCACAUAGUGAGUGGCUACGGCCUUGAGGACGCUAGCAACGAAUGGAUCAUCGAGCGCAAGGACAGAAGUCAAAUGGUUCCGGGUAAGUUUUCCCAGGUGCGCGACCUUACUGUUGUGAGACUUCUCCACCGCGUCUCCUCCCAGUACUUGGAGGUGGCUAACGAAAGACCACCUGUCUCGGAGCAGGAAUAUAACAAUUUGGUCUUCAGCACAGGUAACAUUUCGUACGCGGGGAGCGUCAACAACAACUUCCAGCUCAAGGUAGUGCGCGACUUUUCCACCUCUGGCUUGUCGUCUACACGUAUUGAAAGCAUUGAUGUGGCGUUCCAGAUCAACAACUUGGGCACCGGCUGCUUCCUCAUGUCGCAUGAUGCCAUGUUACCCUCCGACUGGACUGCAUCCGCCGAGCGCGAGGUCUUCUGUAACAACAGUCCGGCACUCGAGAACUCCUUGUGGUACGUGGAGAAGAACGAGAACGAGCACCUCGACAGUGAUGCGGAUGCGCAGCACAUCCGCUUUGCUAUGCCGCAUUGGAAGCGUGUUGUUGAGCUUAGCUACCAGAUGGCACGCAUGCUCUGGCUCAAGCGCAAGAGCUCAGAUGACGUCAAUACGGGUGUCGCUUGGACCUGGCCCGUGCCCCUCACCGGGAUGACACUCUAUCAGAGCUUGGAGUUGGGCCAUGGCAGCAUUGUUUUCGGCGUGGGCAGCCUCCCGACGUAUUUCUUGGCCGUCGGCUUCCUCGCCACGUUUAUCGCCACGAAGCUCCCCCAGAUGAUGAAACUCCUCAGUCCUUACGCCCAGCGGAAGGUGUACAACGAGGCCUACGACACGUAUAUUAACGCUCUCUGGGUAGCAGCACUUGGCUGGCUCAUCCACUUCUACCCUUUCACGAAGCCGCAGGUGGUCCAGAGCUUGGAAUUGACUCCCGCGAACUACCUUCCGGCGUUGAUGUUUGGCAUUUUGGGUGUAGCAAGUACUAUGGAGUUUGUGGCGUCUAAAAACUUCGUUGCAGGGUCUGCUAUGAUGGUGGGCUUCCUCGCCGCUGCGUUUUACUUCUUCCUGACCUACAAGGCAUUGAUCUACGGCAUGGCCUGGGAUGAGGCCGCCUGCUGGGCCUCCAAGGUCUUUCCUGACUGGGACUACGACUGUACCGCUUUCAAGGUCUACGAGGCGUUGUAGGGUAAGUUAAAGUGCUUAGACAGGUGGGCGUGCCUGAUUGUGUGAGGAUAUAGAUAAUCUGAUAAUGACCAACUGUUGACAAAGGGAUAAAUCUGAUAGAGCGUGGAGUUGCGUAGACAAGGCAGUGAGAAAAUUCAAAAACCCAAGGAAUAACCCAACUCUUUGGAAAUUUUCUGUCAAAGGAUGUUAUAUUAGAAGGUGUAAGCGACAGUCUGAGUAUGGGUUUGGCCUGUUACAAG